GUUAUUCGCGGCCUCUCUCCUAUCUCUAUCGUCGCUCUCGUUCGAAAACACACGCAGUACACACAUACACACACACAAACACAGAUACACACGGUGCACGAUCAUCUCUCGACGUGAUUAUUAUACCCUCGACCCGUGGCCUCUAAGAUAAAAGGCGUCGUUCUAGAGCGAUCCUCCUCCUCCUCCUAUUUCUAUAUCGCGCGCUAUAUCCUUCGUUCAGGGUACCAGGAGUUUCUUACCUAAUCAAGUGGAAGCUUGUCGACGCCCUCGGACCCGAUUCCCUCCGUGUCUCCUCCAAUUCUUUCCCGUCCGGUGGCUGGCUGCACCAGUAGCCCGCCGUUUAUCGAGCGUGCACGUGCUCCGUUUUCGUCCCUCCGUGUGACACGCUUCCGUCAAUCUGACGGCUCUCCAUCCUUGGAUCCAGAUUUGCUACGUUUACCCGUUUUGGUGUAUGUCGUGUUUCCAAUGGAUUCGCUGUGAUCCCGGCGUGUUGGAUCGGAUGCUCCGCGGGAGGAUCGAUCUCCGUGGGAGAAUCUUGGAACUAGCGGUUCCGGGUAUCCACGAUCCGGCUUGAGUAUUGGGCCCUGUCUGGCCAACCACGGCCGAGAACAGUGCAGGAAACUGUACUCCACGAUCUCUACGCGACCUGUUGUUUGAAAAUUAGGGUAAUAUUGGUCGGUGAGUUGUGUGUUGGCCGUGAGAGAAGAAUAUAUUCACGGUACAGUGACCCGACGAAUGUGGUGCGUGAAUUAUUGAGUCGAGUUUCGUUUGCCUCGUCGUUUGAUUCGUCGUUGGGAUGGCAAGUGGACAGGAUUUACCUAGCAGGAUUACGGACAGGGAUCUGACGAGGAUGAUCCUCUUCAUGCUUCUAGGCUUUGUCCAGCUUCUCCAGUGUGUUAGAGGGAGCAGCGAGCCAUGGCUGAAGAGCGUGAAGCACGCGGAACUCGGCACAGAGGUGCAACUGCCGUGCGUGCUGAAAUUACCCCAGUGCGAGGGGCUUCACAGCAUCAAAUGGUAUCGAGGCGCGACACGUAUCUUCAUCUUCAGCGAGGACGUCGGGUUAACGCGGGGGAACAACGACAUAGCCGUGAGGUCUGACAUACAAUACACGACAAAUUCGUCGAAGACGUUCUUGAAGAUUCCUGACGUCAAGUUGGAGGAUGAAGGCCUAUACAAAUGUGAAGCUACUUACUUGGCUGUGAAUCGAGAGUGCAACAAUGUUCAGCAUAUCAUACUUAACGUCACUGUUCAACCUGCAUUCGUACGUGUCAUCGACGAGACGACGAGGAAGACGUUAAGCACCGGCGCCACUUUAGGGCCUAUAAACGAAGGCUCCGUGAUUUCCUUGUACUGCGAGAGCGGCGAGGGGAAACCAGUGCCUACGGUCGAGUGGUUCAAGAACGAGCAACCCGUGGAAGCGUCCAGCACGACGACGAUAGCCGAGAGCGGAAUAGGGAACGCGAGUAGUUUGCUGCAGAUGCAAAUCACACGCGACGAGCUCAAUACAACUUUCACGUGUAAAGUCAACAGUACAGCCCUCGUCGAGCCUCUCACCGUCGACAUCAAGCUCGAUGUUCAUGUUCGACCGUUGAAGAUGGAUUUAGCCGGGGUGGUGGGUCACGUGGUGCAAGGAACGAAAAUCCUGCUUCAAUGCACCGUACGAGCAGCCAGACCAGCCGCGAACAUAACUUGGCAGAAUGGUACCGAGUAUUUGAACGCCAGUGACAGGUUCGACAUGUUCGAGACAAAAGUGGAAGAGAAUGAGGAUGGCACGUCGGUGACCAUAGGUUACCUCGCUUUCACGGCCUCUGUGUACGACAAUGGAAGAACGUUCAAGUGUUACGCCGAGAACUCGGUCACACGUUCCGAGGACAUGAAACCGAUGAUAGAGUCGACAACGAUCGAAGUUUUAUAUCCGCCUAUAGUAACGAUGAAGCCAGAGAAUAUCACCGUAAAUGAAACCGUAGAUUUUAUAGUAUUUUGCGAUUACGAAGCUAACCCGGCUACCUUAACGAGAGUAUCAUGGUAUCGAGACGACAAGGAAUUAGUUCUAACCGACGAUCACUACGAGGGCGGUAUCACGGAGCAAACGGCCCUCACCGUGAAAAAUGCGACACCCAGUGACAUGGGCACUUACAAAUGUGUACUAGAGAAUAACGUUGCCGCAUCCACUUCAGAGGACGUCGUUCAAGUCUCUGUUCUGUACAAGCCGGUGGUGAAGGUGAUAAUGGACCCGGAAACACCUGUGAACGAGGCGGACCGUCAGAACGUCUCGCUGACCUGCGAGGUUGUUACCGGGAAUCCAGCAAGCCUGACCGCCGUACGAUGGUACUUGGACGGGGAUCUGUUGAAAGAACUUCCGGAUUGCACGAGGAAUAGCAGCUCGACCACCACGACCACCGAGGAAUCUUUAAUUUUCUGCGAUAUCGAUCCGAGCAAGCUGCUGCUCGAAGCUGUGGGACGCUCCUUUCACGGCAACUACUCUUGCGAGGGUAGAAACGACGCUGGCUGGGGGCCACUUUCACCGAGUGCGCCUGUCAUGGUCUAUUACAAACCAGGCCCAGCCUCGAUCUCGUACGAGCCCCAGCAGGUAAUAAAGAAACGGCCGUUGACCAUCACUUGCUUCGUGCUCGAUCCAGGACGUCCGAAGGUGACCGGGUUCAAAUGGCUGCGAGGGCUUCACAGACUUCCGGAUGAAAACAACGCCACCCUCACCAUCGAAUCGGUUAAUUUGGAAACCGAGGCGAACUUCACUUGUCUGGCUUACAACGAAGCCGGCGACGGCGAUCCAGCUACCACGUUUAUCGACGUGUCCGCGGCGCCAGCGUUUAUCAAGAAGCUCCUCCCUUAUCACGGCUACGUGUACAAUUCACCGAACGUUAGCAUCAUGUGCUGGGUGGAGUGCGCCCCAAUGUGCAAUAUCUCGUGGCUGAAAAACGGUGUCCCCAUGGACUUCACGAAAACAAAUCGAUACUACCUGAUGAACGUUCUUCAUCCCCCUGAUCCGCGAACGAACGACUUCGAGAGCAUACAAUCGACCCUGGUUUGGAAUCUGACCGCCUGGCCCAGUGGACAACUCGACCGUGUCGAGGACAACGUUAAAUUCACCUGCGAGAGCAGCAGCAACGGGAUUGGAUCCGGGGUGAAGAGUAGCACCCACUUUCACGUCGAAUUUCCACCGGAAAAUAUGACGAUAUCGAAGAAGAUAAUAGACGUUACCGUGGAUACGAUACCGGAAACGGUGACCUGUAACGCGAAGGCGCUUCCGGAACCGACUUUUCGCUGGUUUCGGGAAGGUUCCACGGACAUUAUAGUCGAAGGCCGCGUUCUCGACCUGAAAGUGCCGAUUCCUAGGCGAAGCAACGGUACCUAUUACUGCGAGGCAUCGAAUCGUCAUGGAACCAAGAACAUCUCCAUGAUCAUGAAUGUUCAAUUUAAGCCAGAGUGUCACGUGGAAAGGGAGCGAAUAGACGGAGAGGAUUACGUGGUGUGCUCGGCGAUGGCCAAUCCGAAGGAGACCGAUUUCGUUUGGUCGUUGAAGAGUGACAAUGACACGUUGGAGCAGAUCGCCGUUGCGCGCAAUGGGAAAAGCUACAUCCGCCUCGAUACAUCGGUAACCAAUUUCCGGACGUAUGUUUGCGUUGCGAACAACUCCAUCGGCUAUUCCAGCCCUUGCGACCGUGACGUGCCAGGUCAUAUACCUUGGUGGCAUCAAUUGGAAGGAAAUCUUCUUUUGAUCGUGAUCGUUGCCGCGGUUGUCCUUAUACUUGUGAUAAUCAUCAUCUGCGUGAUCAUCUUCAUCGUUUGUCGACGCAAGCGAAACCAGAUGAAAUACAGUAAUCGGGUGGUCGAGCUGGAGGAACGUGAACAUCCAGACGGUGGGCCACCGAGUCCAACAGUGUCCUCCCACUCGACCCAAACGACGGUCCAUCCAACUGCCGCGCCCAGGUGGCCACUGAAACCCGGUGUGCUGGUGCACAUCAAUCGAAGCCACAGCCUGCGAUCAGGGCUGAGCGUACGCGCGAACGAGUCGCUUCGUAACGAGUUGAUGGGCAGCCGGAACGAGCCGACUAUGGCCGAUCGUUUCAUCGUCGAGACAACGAUCGCGAAAGUCGGCGGGAGCGGGAAAAUGUUUCGCAGGCGGAAGGAGGCGCCGCAGAGGAGGGUGACCGUGUCCGGUCUGCAUGACGAGGGUAUGCUUGCCAGGGCUAAUAAAAUUAAGGCGAUGUUUGGAGUGCAGCUUAAAGAGCAGGCCACUUUGCCGGGAAUUUCGAGAGAGAAGACAGCCGUGACUUACAAAAGAAUAGCGCCGCAGCGGAAGGUAUUGCAUGCGGAAUCAUCCCGCGAAUUGAACCGAGCCAACGUCUCCCGUAAGCGAAAGAAACCAGGCGCAGAUCCCAAUCAAGCUGCGAAUAACAAUCACGUGAACAGCGUGUCGGAGGGACUUCCGGAGUCCGGGGCGAAGACGUUUUACGAGAAUUUGCCUUUCCACGGGAUCCAAUCACCGCCUAACAAGUUGGUUUCCCCUAUGUUUGCCCGAGUUUCGGCUUUGCAUGGCACGUUGCACCACCACCACCACCACCAUCAUCAUCAUCAUCACCGCUCUGUGCCGAGCUCGCCGUGCCCCUCGCGGCCUCCCAGCAGAACGGUGUCGCUCUGCGACGCCAGUUCCGGUUACGAGUCGACAAGGAGCCAUCUAGGCCCCCACUAUAGCGACUACAACGUGCCCAGGAACAAUUCGCCCGUGUUGAGGUACAACAGCUUGAAGCCACGGCGAAGGAAGAACAAGCGUUCCCAAUUCUACUCGCUCAGAUUGUGCCGCGGUGGCGAGAACUCGCAGAUUCACAGGAAGUAUCAGCUUUACGCUAUACCGAUAUACAAGUGCCCGCACAAGGCAAGCGGAAGCGCGAGCACGAUAACGUCGAUCGUCAGAUCAUCGGGUACACCCUCGACUUUGUCGACGAGUCGAGGCCGAGAUCAGAAUCGAUCGAAGGACGAGGAGGAGGAGGAGGAGGAGGAGGGUCGGGAUAAAGGAGAGCCGUCGAUCGAGAAACGCUCCCAGAUGCCGCCACCUGUGCCCGCGCCAAGGAAGCGCAAGAGGACCGAUCCCUCGAAGCACACGUAUCAAAACGUUCCCAAUCCCGUUUUUCCGGCGAAAAACGCCUCGUUGUUGCUCAAUGGAGCCAAGAUAUAAAACAGCAGCUUCGAGCAAAUAGGAGGUAGAGUUGCCGGAGUUGCCCAGUUAUAAUCGGAAAUCAUAUUUUCCCUGCUAAGCUGGAUCUGGCCACCUAUGUAGCGACCGUCCUUGUGUAUGUCGGCCGCUUAUCAAGUAAGUUUCCACACACGCACACACAGUCACGUCACCGACGAUAACCGACACGUACACACAUAUACACACACACGCACACACGUGAAUAACAACUCAUUUCUGGACAACACAAUUCUGCUUGCCGCCAAGCUUUUCAACCCGAUUCGUAAAAAAGGAAAAAAGGGGAGGGGGGGAAAAAAAGGAGGUGAAAUAUUAUUUCUCGAAUCUUUUUAAGAGCGAAGGCUGCCUCUCUGUAUUCCCUCUCCCUCUCUCUCUCUCUCUCUCUCUUCUAUAUCCUCUUUUUUUUUUUCGUUUUCGUUACCUUUCAUCCCGUUUCGUUUUUUUGAAAACGUCUCUUUUGCACCGAGCCAAGUAUUGUUUUAAAGAGACUGUAAAGAGAUAUUUACUCGGCUCGUCCGGUGGAAGCUGUACCGUAGAAACGCGGAUACGGCUCGCAAAGUCGCUUAUCGCGGACGAAAAGGGAAGAAAAUUCUUUUCAAGAUGCGACGCGAGCUUCAAACGAUCCCACCACGUUAUAACGAGUACUUUCGACGAGAAAGUACCGCGAUAACGAUGUUUCGCUCAUUCUCCGGAUUGCUGUGUAAGUAUGCGCGCGUUGGAUUUACGUUUCCGUGGUUCAGGGGAAUUCCGAUCGAUGGUCACCAUCCUAUUUUCACCGAAAUAAAAUUGAGAGAAAAUGAGAUUUGAUGACGGAGAUUUGAUCGUUUGAAUGUUGGAAAAUAAUAUUGAUAUUAGAAAAAAUAAAUUCAUCAUCAUUUUUUAGUUUCUUGGUUAAAAGUAAUUUAAUUUGCAGAUAAUUUGACAAAGAAAUGACAACAAGUUCGUUCUCGUCAAGAGAUAUUGUCAAUCUUCAAAAAAAAAAAAGAAUAUGAAAUAAUAGAAAAGAUCAGAUAUGAAGAUAACAUAAAAUAUUUAAAUGAUACGAUGGAUUUUACUUUUAGAUAGUCUUAACAAGUUGACUCGCGUGUCGAUCAAAUAUGAUGGACGUAUCUUUUUUUAAGCACGUCAUAGCGACUCGAAAAUCAAUAUUAUUAAUCAUACAUGAUAGACACAUUGUUUGUAGAUCUUGAAGCGUGAUGACACGUGAAAUAAAUAAUAAUGGCAUGAAAACUUCUCCAUUCAAAUGUUAUCUGUCAAUACGAUCAAUACCUCCCAUGAUAUUCUCGUCCUAUUUGCUCACGAAUCGAACAAAUCCAAUCGAUUUAGGAUAUGAUAAUGAAGAAUUUCAAAAAAAAUUUCGUUCGAGCUUCAACAAUACGAACAUUUUAUUAAAAUCAAUCUAUUUAUUAUCGUAAUCUCUACGUAUUCAUUUUCAAUCGAAUUAAUCGAAUUUGAAAAGUUUCAAAAUUCACGGUAUUACCGAAAAAAAAAAAAAAUAAUCCAUGGCAAUGAUGUUAUCGUCAUUAUCGAAUCCACGAGGAAUCCGAUGCGACCGAUCAUCCCUCCCCGCGAGCCGUAAUUAUUCGAAAUCGCGAUCGAAAGACGAAAUAACAUUUCGCCUCCAGCCUCCGAUAUCGCGAUAACCGGCAUUAACGACACCUAUCCCGACGGGCGUAUCCCCCCAGCGACUAACCGUGCCUG